AUGUUACCUUCAAAGCCAGGGAAGACCGCCCCACGCCUGCUCGAAGACCUGUACAGCUAUGAUCCUCGGCAGCGCAUACGUUGCGGGCGCAACAUCCUCACCGACGCCCCACCGCACUUCGAUGACUCCAAGCCGCCCAUGGCCGCCGUUCCCGGCGGUAGCUGUCGCCACAACCUUGCGCUGAAGCUGGAUCAGUGCGUGCUGCCUGAGAGUUGGGAUUGUCGCCCGGAUGGACAAACAAUAUUCAAGCUUGCCUCAUACUGUCGCUUGUGCCGGCACCACAUCACGGUCGUGCUCGACUUCGGCCAGGGUGCCUGCACGUGGCCAUGUCCAAAUGAGGACUUCAAGCUACACCACUUCGUAUACGUUCCUUCCGAUGGACGGCGUGACAGCUUGGAGGAUGACUACCUGAAAGAAAGCUACCGCUUUCAGUGCUCGUCGCAGCAGUGCGGAGCGGUGCUCACGGUAGAGGUUGCCCCGCCACGUCUUUCGCAACAGGACAUGAGUCUUUUGUCGGACAAAAAGGUGCUGGAAGAGCGUCUCAAAUCUGCCAAGAGAAUAGACCCUGACCGAACCGAGCUUCAAGCCGCCAAGCCCAUCGAUGGUCUCUACAUUCUGCAUGCGUACAUUCGAGACGCCUUGAAUGGCAAGUCGUCGCGCAUACCUUUGCGGAACAGGAAGUUCUUGGUAACGUACGGGGAGGAUUGUGAUGCGCUAUUCAUGCGCUUGGGUUUCACCAAGAAACUUGGACAGGGUGAGGACGAGACCGCGUGGUUCCUCCCGUCCCCGCCGCAGGAUUGGAAUCGCCUACAGGGAGACGCCCUAAGAGAUCGUCUGGAUGACUCACUGCAGGAGCUCAUGUGCACAAUUGAUCGCAUGCCACGCUCGGCAAAGCAAGAGUUGAAGCGAUACAGUUACCAACCACAGACCGCACGUGAAGCCCUUGAGAGGGUUUUUGGUUCCUUCAACUAUCCUAAAAGGCCUGAUUAUACUGCCAGUUCGCAAGGCGUGGAGGAUCACCCUUACUACGCCGGGCUAGGCGCUGUUGGAGCCUUUUCCGACAGCCUAUUAGCAUUCGCAUACGACCGACAAGUCACGACCGAUCCGCAAAACCACGCGUAUUACUACGAGUGUCUUGCGGACCUCGCAAAUGGACGGCGAAGCGACGAGCUGGAUAUGAAGAAGGUCAUGGAAGAGUCUAAGGGGAUUGUUAGCCGAAAGGAUGCGAAGCAUGCGCUCCGCCGCUUCAACCUCGACCCGGAACGUUUAGCCGCAUACACAGAUGAGUAUAUCAUCAAUCAAUUCCGUGUCCGCGUCGCGAGCGUCGGAACCUACGAAGUGCCGGAACUGCGCGAACACCUUCGGAAAAUUGGCGCUUACAGACAAAGUCAAGCAAUCAUAGAUGCUGCCGGUGACAUCAUCCAAACAUAUGAGCAAGCUUUGUCAUGGUUGGGGGCGGAAGCCAGCCAUGGCGACGAUCAAAUCAUUGCCGUGGCAGGAUUGAAGAAAUCCGAGGAGCCGUCCAGCGAGCCGAAGAUUGCCGAAGCUAUCAAAAUCAUCGCAGACCACCGUGAUAGCGAGGGCCUGCGGGUUUGGUUACAGACCGGCGAGAUCAAGAUGGGCAACGAUCCUGAACUGGAGAAGACCAAAGCUUUCAGUGCUUUCGGAAUCAGUAACCAUCAAGGUGCUGUUGAUGACGAAAUGCUCGAGCUAACACUGAGCGACCUCAAAGAACGGGAUCCAUCAAAGAGUGAUGAAUAUGACCGCUACGCGGCUAUCGUCAGAGCUGAAAGCGGAAAAGGGCCGGUCCCAGCUCCGCCACCCAGGUAUCCGCUGGACCAAUGGCCGGUUGGUAUUGAGAACCUCGGAAAUACCUGCUACUUGAACGCCAUCUUACAGUUUCUCUUCACGAUUAAACCGCUGAGAGACUAUGUCCUUAGUAUUGAUGAGCACCUCAUGGAAAUCAAUGAGGACAACAUCCAUAAAAAGCGAGUGGGAAGCAGAAUGGUUACUGCAGAGGAAGUCAGGCGGUCUCAACACUUCGUCAAGGAGCUGAAGGAACUGUUCGUGCAGUUGAUUACUGCCCCUACAGCAACCAUUCGACCCAAGGUAGAGUUGGUGCAACGGGCCCUGGAGUAUGCAGCUCCAAAUGAAGAACCAGGCUCAUCUGGGACCGACGCGGCAGCGCCGGUCGGCACUGAAAGCACGAGCCCCGGAAAAGACGACAGAAAUGAUGUCGAGAUGGUCGACGGCGUCGCGAACGGCGAGGCUCUCGCAAGCUCCCGAACUGAAGCUGGGGAUAGUGAUGCCACACUCAUUGGAGACAGGGAUUCUGAGACUCUCCCGGACGCUGAGGAAGCCAACGUGGAGAAGGAUACUCCGGUCGAGGACAUCUCGGAGAAGCCGGCCCAGCCCGAACAUCCACCGCCGAUCCCGCCUCGCAAUCCAGCCAGCAAACCCGCCAGCAUUCCUUACACAAUGCAGCAGGACGCUUCUGAGAUUCUUAUCAACAUUCUGCUUCAGUUGAGCUAUGCCAUUCGCCCAGAUACAUUCAGGGAGGAUGGUGAGCAGCUCGACUUUGUCAAGGAACUAUUCUACGGUGAAGAAGCCGCCUCGCUCGAGAGGAACGGAAAGACAACGGAGCAAAAGGCCCUUUUCAACACUCAAUACGUCACGGUCGUCGAUAAGCCCAAGAACAUCUACGAAGCAAUCGACGAUACGCUCGAUAAGGGCGCGAUAGAAGAUUCCGACAAUGCGGAGAAGUGGACUACACUUCUCCGAGCGCCUCCCAUCUUGAAGGUUGACGUGAGACGAUUAGGGUUUGACAAGGUGAAGAAGCAGACGAUUCGUACUGAGAAUCACUUGCAGCUGGAAGAGACCAUAUACAUCGACCGGUAUCUUCACGAUGAAGCCACCUUGCAGAGAAGAAAGCAGUCGUGGGAGAAGAAGGCCAGGUUGAAGUGCCUCCGCGAGCGCAGGGCCGAGCUUGUCGCGACCAGGAUGGAUAUGUCUCUAUCAGAAGCGGUCCGAGCUGCGUCAGAAUAUGUCAAGGACGUCGAAGCUGAUGAGUCUGAUCAGGCGGAUGAGCAGCAAGUCGACAGUACCUUCGGAGAUGAUAUGACAGCAAAGGCUGAGGAGACACGGAAAGAAAUCACCAGCUUGGACGACAGCAUCGCCACACUCGAGACUGAAAUAUCGUCGCUAUUUGCAGACAUGAAUUCUGUGCCGUACAAACUACACUCUUUAUUCAUCCAUCGCGGUGGUACCGGCGGCGGUCACUAUCUCGUAUCGAUCAGGGACUUCAAGAAUGGGUUGUGGCGAAACUACAACGAUGAGACAAUCACCGAGGUCACAGACGUUGAAAAGAACAUCUUCGGUCAGGGCGACACGUACUCAAAGAUGGUCACAACCUGCGUUGUCUACGUCAAAGCCGACCUCAAAUUUGGGGACCAAGACCUCGUUGAAGCAGUUCAACGCCAGCCCAUCCAGCCUGAGGAGCAGCCUCCUGCUCAACAACAGGAUACCGAGAUGACGAGCUUCAGCAACGAUGACUGGGGAGAAUUGAAGCUUACGGAGGGCAUCGACCCAACAGAUGAUUCACAGAAGCUGCCGGACUACAGUCAGGAUGGGUAUGACACUUCGCAGGUAGACACGAGACCUAGCGAGGGCCGAUGGUGA